AUGUUUCAUUCAGAGGUUGGGAGCUAUAUGUGGCGGGACAUCGGUUUUGCUGUGAUAGGCCAUGGAGGUGACGGUGGUGAUGAGCCACCACAUCCAUUCGGUGGAGGUUUCGGUGAUCACCAGAACGAUGAAUGUUUAGUUGCUGAGGUUGCUCUACAGACUCAUCACAUAGCCGACUUUGGUGGUGAUCCAAAUACAAUUGAUUGGAUCGCAAUAUUUGAGAAGGUGUUGGGUACACAAAGGGGGCACGUGACAAGCAUUUGGCAUAAAGCUUCUUCAGCUGCGGGUACAAGUGCUCCAUCCCAAUGGCAGUCACAGUCACAAGCACCGCAACCAACACAGGAAGUCGAUGUGAUUGUUUUUUUUUCAUAA